GUCUUCCGGAGCGCGGCUGGCGGAGCCGGGAUGGCGGAGCGAGGCCUGGAGCCCGCGCCGGCCGCGGUGGCGGCGCUGCCGCCCGAGGUGCGGGCGCAGCUGGCGGAGCUGGAGCUGGAGCUCUCGGAGGGGGACAUCACACAGAAGGGAUAUGAAAAGAAAAGGUCAAAACUGCUGUCUCCUUACAUCCCGCAGACACAAGAAACUGAUUCAGCACUACAGAAAGAACAUAGAAACCAGACACCUGCUCCAUCUGCAGCUCAAACUUCUGGUCCUUCUAAGUACCACCGCACUCGAUCUGGGGGAGCCAGGGAUGAACGAUAUCGAUCAGAUAUCCAUACAGAAGCGGUUCAGGCUGCACUGGCAAAGCACAAAGAGCAGAAAAUGGCUUUGCCCAUGCCAACGAAAAGGCGGUCCACGUUCGUCCAGUCUCCAGCCGAUGCCUGCACGCCGCCCGACACGUCUUCGGCCUCUGAGGAUGAGGGUUCUCUGAGACGCCAAGCUGCGCUCUCUGCUGCCUUGCAACAGAGCUUACAGAAUGCUGAGUCCUGGAUCAACCGUUCAAUUCAGGGAUCGUCCACUUCUUCAUCUGCAUCUUCUACGCUGUCCCAUGGAGAGGUCAAAGGAACCAGUGGGUCUCUAGCUGAUGUUUUUGCCAAUACUCGAAUAGAGAAUUUCUCUGCUCCCCCUGAUGUCACAACAACUACCUCUUCCUCCUCAUCAUCUUCCUCAAUACGCCCAGCAAAUAUUGACCUGCCCCCCUCGGGGAUAGUUAAAGGCAUGCACAAAGGAUCCAACAGGUCCAGUCUUAUGGAUACAGCUGAUGGUGUUCCUGUCAAUAGCAGGGUAUCCACAAAAAUCCAGCAGCUUCUCAACACUCUGAAACGACCUAAAAGACCUCCCUUAAAAGAAUUUUUUGUGGAUGACUCUGAAGAAAUUGUGGAAGGUAUACCUCAACCAGACCCCAACCAGCCUAAGCCUGAGGGACGGCAGAUGACCCCCGUGAAGGGAGAGCCCCUGGGAGUCAUCUGUAACUGGCCUCCUGCUCUCGAGUCUGCCCUGCAGCGCUGGGGCACCACUCAAGCCAAAUGUCCCUGUCUAACUGCACUGGAUGUGACGGGGAAGCCAGUUUACACUCUGACAUAUGGAAAGUUGUGGAGCAGAAGUUUAAAGUUGGCCUACACAUUGCUUAAUAAACUGGGGACCAAAAAUGAGCCUGUAUUAAAACCUGGAGACAGGGUUGCCCUGGUUUACCCCAAUAAUGAUCCGGUCAUGUUUAUGGUGGCUUUUUAUGGAUGUCUCCUGGCAGAAGUGAUUCCAGUGCCUAUAGAAGUACCCCUUACCAGAAAGGAUGCUGGAGGGCAGCAGAUUGGCUUCUUGCUAGGAAGCUGUGGUAUUGCUUUAGCUCUUACCAGUGAAGUUUGCCUAAAGGGACUGCCAAAAACGCAGAAUGGAGAAAUAGUACAGUUUAAAGGUUGGCCCCGGCUCAAGUGGGUUGUUACAGAUUCCAAGUACCUUUCAAAACCACCUAAAGACUGGCAACCCCACAUCUCACCUGCUGGUACAGAACCUGCAUACAUUGAGUAUAAAACAAGCAAAGAAGGGAGUGUCAUGGGAGUUACAGUGUCCCGACUUGCCAUGUUGUCUCACUGCCAAGCUCUGUCCCAGGCCUGCAAUUAUUCCGAAGGAGAAACAGUGGUAAAUGUUUUAGACUUUAAGAAAGAUGCUGGGCUGUGGCAUGGCAUGUUUGCGAAUGUAAUGAAUAAGAUGCACACAGUUAGCGUACCCUACUCUGUUAUGAAGACUUGUCCUCUCUCCUGGGUCCAGAGAGUACACGCCCACAAAGCUAAGGUAGCUUUAGUAAAGUGUCGGGACUUGCACUGGGCUAUGAUGGCACAUCGGGACCAAAGAGAUGUGAGCUUGAGUUCCCUUCGGAUGUUAAUUGUGACUGAUGGAGCUAAUCCCUGGUCUGUGUCCUCCUGCGAUGCCUUCUUGAGUCUGUUCCAAAGCCACGGGCUGAAACCCGAGGCCAUCUGUCCAUGUGCUACUUCUGCUGAAGCCAUGACUGUCGCGAUCCGCAGGCCUGGAGUGCCAGGUGCUCCUUUGCCGGGGAGAGCCAUUCUCUCAAUGAAUGGAUUAAGCUAUGGGGUGAUACGGGUCAAUACUGAAGAUAAAAAUUCAGCACUGACAGUCCAGGAUGUGGGACAUGUCAUGCCUGGUGGGAUGAUGUGCAUUGUGAGACCUGAUGGCCCACCCCAGCUCUGCAAAACAGAUGAAAUUGGAGAGAUCUGUGUCAGCUCCAGAACAGGAGGCAUGAUGUAUUUUGGGCUUGCUGGUGUGACAAAAAAUACAUUUGAGGUGAUUCCAGUGAACUAUGCAGGCUCUGCUGUUGGGGAUGUGCCAUUCAUCCGGUCAGGAUUGCUGGGAUUUGUAGGGCCAGGCAGCCUGGUAUUUGUGGUUGGAAAAAUGGAUGGGUUACUGAUGGUUAGUGGUCGAAGACAUAAUGCUGACGACAUUGUUGCUACUGGAUUGGCAGUUGAAUCAAUAAAGACUGUUUAUAGAGGAAGAAUUGCUGUGUUUUCUGUGUCUGUGUUUUAUGAUGAGCGCAUCGUGGUGGUUGCGGAACAAAGACCCGACGCCUCCGAGGAGGAUAGUUUCCAGUGGAUGAGCCGUGUGCUUCAGGCCAUUGAUAGCAUUCAUCAAGUUGGUGUUUAUUGUCUUGCUCUGGUACCUGCCAAUACAUUGCCAAAAACUCCACUAGGAGGGAUCCAUAUAUCUCAGACUAAACAGCUCUUUCUGGAGGGCUCUCUGCAUCCUUGCAAUAUCCUCAUGUGCCCACAUACGUGUGUCACCAAUUUGCCAAAACCCCGGCAAAAGCAACCAGGUGUCGGUCCUGCUUCUGUGAUGGUUGGGAAUCUGGUUGCUGGAAAACGUAUAGCACAAGCUGCAGGGAGAGACCUUGGGCAAAUUGAAGAGAAUGAUUUAGUGAGAAAGCACCAGUUUCUGGCCGAGAUUUUACAGUGGCGAGCCCAGGCAACGCCUGACCAUGUACUCUUCAUGCUGCUAAAUGCCAAGGGAACUACCGUGUGCACAGCGAGCUGCCUUCAGCUUCAUAAGCGCGCGGAGAGGAUUGCAUCAGUGCUUGGUGACAAGGGUCAUCUGAAUGCAGGAGACAAUGUGGUGUUGCUCUAUCCACCUGGUAUCGAGUUGAUCGCAGCAUUCUAUGGCUGCCUGUACACGGGGUGCAUACCUGUGACCGUCCGGCCCCCUCACGCCCAGAACCUCACUGCCACGUUGCCCACCGUCCGCAUGAUUGUGGAUGUCAGCAAAGCAGCCUGCAUUCUUACCACCCAGACACUGAUGAGGUUGCUGAGGUCCCGAGAGGCAGCGGCAGCUGUGGAUGUGAAAACUUGGCCAACCAUCAUUGACACAGAUGAUUUACCCAGGAAAAGGUUACCUCAGCUGUAUAAACCCCCGACUCCUGAGAUGUUGGCCUAUCUGGAUUUUAGUGUCUCCACGACGGGCAUGCUUACAGGAGUGAAGAUGUCCCACGCCGCGGUGAGCGCGCUCUGCAGAGCCAUCAAGCUGCAGUGCGAGCUCUAUUCCUCGCGGCAGAUCGCCAUCUGCCUUGACCCUUAUUGUGGACUUGGCUUUGCCCUCUGGUGUCUCUGCAGCGUCUACUCGGGCCACCAGUCCAUCUUAAUUCCUCCUAUGGAGCUGGAGAACAACCUCUUCCUCUGGCUGUCCACCGUCAGCCAGUACAAGAUAAGGGACACGUUCUGCUCCUAUUCCGUCAUGGAGCUCUGCACCAAAGGGCUUGGGAACCAAGUGGAGGUGCUGAAGACCCGAGGGAUCAACCUGUCCUGCAUCCGGACGUGCGUGGUGGUGGCCGAGGAGCGGCCGCGCAUCGCCCUGCAGCAGUCCUUCUCCAAGCUCUUCAAAGACAUCGGGCUGUCGCCGCGGGCCGUCAGCACCACUUUCGGGUCCAGAGUCAAUGUAGCCAUAUGUUUGCAGGGAACCUCAGGGCCUGAUCCAACGACCGUGUAUGUAGACCUGAAAUCAUUAAGGCACGACAGGGUUCGGCUUGUGGAACGGGGUGCCCCCCAGAGCUUACUCCUCUCAGAGUCUGGAAAGAUUUUACCUGGAGUGAAAGUGGUUAUUGUUAACCCUGAGACCAAAGGGCCUGUUGGAGACUCUCACCUUGGAGAGAUUUGGGUCAACAGUCCCCACACGGCCAGUGGCUAUUACACCAUCUACGACAGCGAGACUCUUCAGGCUGAUCAUUUCAACACUCGCCUCAGCUUUGGGGACGCUGCUCAGACACUGUGGGCUCGGACAGGAUACCUGGGUUUUGUCCGCCGAACUGAACUCACAGCGGCCACCGGAGAGCGUCAUGACGCGUUGUAUGUGGUGGGAGCUCUGGACGAAACACUGGAGCUGAGAGGAUUACGAUACCAUCCGAUUGAUAUUGAGACCUCAGUGUCUCGGAUCCACAGGAGCAUUGCUGAAUGUGCCGUGUUCACGUGGACCAACUUGCUCGUGGUGGUUGUGGAACUCUGUGGCUCUGAGCAGGAAGCCCUAGAUCUGGUUCCUCUAGUGACAAAUGUGGUCCUGGAAGAGCAUUACCUCAUCGUUGGUGUCGUGGUUGUGGUGGACCCAGGUGUUAUUCCCAUCAACUCCAGGGGAGAGAAGCAGAGGAUGCACCUUCGUGACAGCUUCCUGGCUGACCAGUUAGAUCCCAUCUAUGUGGCUUAUAACAUGUAAGCAGCCUUGUGGGGAUUCCGGGACCAUCCUGAAAACCACAAAGACCAGAGACCCAUGACUAGGAGCAAGCUUUCAAAUGAUGUGAAAUAAGCUGAGACAGCUACAUUAUAUCCUUCAUCUCAUCCUGUGGAGUUUUGAAAUCACAUGACACAGGAAAGCGCAAUCCUGUGGUGGCAAAUGAAAAAAAUUUAACAGUCUAUAUUAGUCAUAAUCUUUGACAUAGGGUGAGCAGCACAUUACUAAAGCAAUUACAUGCAUGUUGCAUUUUUUUCA